UAACAUUAAACUUCAAUGAAAUAUAUUUAUUUCCUUAAAUUUUUGUUCAGCUAUGUUUACAACUAUUGCACUAGUGUACAACCAACAAAUACAGCCCAAGGUCAACAACCUCGGGUACCUACUGGUAAAAAGGGCAAACAGCCCACUUGUGGUGCCCAGUUUGUUGGCCUUGAACUUUAUAAAAGACUGAAAGAGUACUUAAAAAGUUACUUGGUAAAAUUACUGAAGGAUAGUACAUCUCUUCUUGAAGAAAAUGUUUUACGAUUUUAUACCAAACAGUGGGAAGAUUAUCAAUUUUCUAGUAAAGUUCUCAAUGGUGUGUGUGCAUAUCUAAAUAGACAUUGGGUACGACGGGAGUGUGAUGAGGGAACAAAAGGCAUCUAUGAAAUUUACUCAUUAGCUUUGAUCACUUGGCGGGACAAUUUAUUUCGCCCUCUGAAUAAGCAGGUAACCGACGCUGUUCUUAAACUAAUAAAACAAGAACGGCAAGGGGAGACAAUCAAUACUGGUUUGAUUAGUGGAGUUAUUAAUUGUUAUGUUGCUCUUGGUCUAAGUGAAGAAGAUUCCUCAAUUAAGGGACCAGCUCUAGAUGUAUAUAAAGAAAACUUUGAAACACCUUUCAUAGAAGACACUAAAGAAUUUUAUACAAGAGAAAGUAAAACGUUCUUGGAGCAGAAUCCUAUAACUGAAUAUAUGAAGAAGGCUGAGACCAGACUUACAGAAGAACAUAACCGUGUUCAACUUUAUCUUCAUUUAACUACACUAAAUGCUUUAUCAUAUAUGUGUGAGAAAACAUUGAUAGAAAAUCACAUUGACCUCUUUCACAUUGAGUUCCAAAAUUUGUUGAAGGAUGACAAGAAUGAAGAUUUAAGGCGAAUGUAUCAGUUGGUAUCCCGAAUAAAGGAUGGCCUAGGAGAAUUACGUAUUUUUUUAAAGAAUCAUAUCUACAACCAAGGUCUUGCUGCAAUUGAGAAAUGUGGAGAAAUGGCUGUGAAUGACCCCAAGACCUAUGUACAGACUAUUCUUAAUGUUCAUGUAAAAUACAACAAGUUAGUUAGUGAGGCUUUCAACAAUGACUCUGGCUUUGUUGCCGCUCUAGAUAAGGCUUGUGGUAAAUUCAUUAAUGAUAAUUACGUUACGAAGAAAGAAAAUUCCAAGAAAUCCCCUGAACUUUUGGCCAGAUACUGUGAUCUUCUACUGAAGAAAAGUUCCAAGAAUCCUGAAGAAGAAGAAUUGGAAGAUAUUUUAAAUCAGGUGAUGAUAGUUUUCAAAUAUAUUGAAGACAAAGAUGUCUUUCAGAAAUUCUACAGUAAAAAGUUGGCCAAAAGACUAGUUCUGCACACAUCAGCUAGCGAUGAUGCUGAAGCAAGCAUGAUAUCGAAACUGAAGCAAGCCUGUGGCUUUGAAUACACCUCAAAGCUCCAGCGAAUGUUUCAGGAUAUUGGGGUUAGCAAAGAUCUUAAUGAAAGAUUCAAGAAAUAUCUGCAAGCAUCUUCACAACCAUUAGACAUUGAUUUCAGUAUACAAGUUUUAACAUCUGGUUCGUGGCCUAUUCAACAAGCUGGAUCUUUUAAUCUUCCUAUGGAGUUAGAAAAGACGUUCCAAAGAUUCACAUCUUUCUAUAGUGGUCAGUACAGUGGUCGCAAAUUAAACUGGGUCUAUCACAUGUCUAAAGGUGAUUUGACUGCUAAUUUAAAAAAGAAGUACAUUCUCCAGGCUUCAACUUACCAGAUGGCUGUUCUUCUGCAAUAUAACUCAGUGGAUACGCUUGAUGUACAGCAAUUACAAGAAAGUACCCAAAUUGAUAUGGAUACACUUCUUCAAGUAUUAAAGAUUCUGCUGAAAACCAAACUGCUCACCACAGACGUUGAUGAUGAGAAUGAUCUUCCGCCAACUGCCCAAUUAAGCAUAUAUUCAAAUUAUAACAAUAAAAAGUUCCGAGUCAAUAUCAACAUCCCAAUGAAAACAGAAGAGAAAGUUGAGCAUGAAGUAACUCAUAAAAACAUUGAAGAGGACAGAAAACUUCACAUUCAGGCUGCUAUUGUUAGAAUUAUGAAGAUGAGAAAAGAGUUAAAGCAUCAAAACCUUUUACAAGAAGUUUGUACUCAAGUGUCAUCACAUUUUAAACCCAAAGUUCCUCUUAUCAAGAAAUGCAUCGAUAAUCUUAUUGAGAAAGAAUAUUUGGAGAGAGUCGAUGGCCAAAAAGACGUCUACAGUUACCUAGCCUAGUUCCUGUGUCUGAGUGCAGAUGAAGUUUUUAAUUUAGCCAGUUAAUAAUAAUAACAACACUACUUUAUUGCUGGAUCUUUGCUGUCAUCGGCUUUACUAGCAGGAAGGAGAAGAGCAGAAAAGAAACUGACUCCAGUUCUGUUUUUUGUGUCUGAAAAGCAGUGUCAUUUUCUUCAAGUUGUGCAGACCAGCAUCGCAACAAACAAGAGCAUUUAUUGGUUGGUUGGUUGGUUGGUUGGUUUGUUGAUUGGCUGGUUGUUCCAGCAAUGGAGUUGAGCAUUUUACAAUACUGCUCCUGUCCUCUCUCUUCACUUCCCGUUGUUGUUUAGAAAAAAAAAAUGUUUUUCUGAAAACAAACUUGUAAAAAUUAUCAAUGGAUUAAUUUAUAUUGCUUUCUCAUUCCUUGAAACGAGGAAGAUGUAGCUGGUAUUUUUUUAUUAUUUUUAAUUUUUUUAAAUCUUUUUUUUUUUUUUAAUUCUCCAUGCGCUCUCGUACAAUGGAAAACAUUCCUGUAUUUGCUGAACUGUGCUUUUCUUGAAUGGAAACAUUCCCACCUUUGCUGAAAUUUCUUCUAUUCUUCUCACUGUUCAUUUGUGAGAAAUGUUUGGUCUCUUUCCCUGGCUCCACAGAUCUUAUAUAGUCCACUCACUGUCUUGGACUGUCUUGGGUACUAUUUUCCUCUCUUGAUCUUUUUUAUAUAAUUAGAACCCAGCCAGUUCAAUACCCAAUUACGAACAAAAGAAAAUAAACCAAAAACCAAGAAAAAAAAAACAUCCAAAAAAACAAAGCAAACAGACAAAAAAUAAAAUAAAUAUAAGCAAAGCUA